CGGUGGACCUGGGGACAAGGGACUGGAGACUCGUGGAGGUGGCCAAUGUUGCACGGGGAAGUGGGCUAUUGUGCACCAGAAGCCAUCUGUGUAUCCUCAGCAGGUGUGAGUAUCAUGGUGCUCAGCACAGAGAUCUAUAUAUUACCUGUUCUGACCCGGAAUCCUGUCCAACGUCCUAUUCCCUUCAGCUUACCUCCACUUUUCUCCUGUCAUCUCGACGAGAAUCUGUUUUCCGUCUACCCUAGUGCCCUUGUCGCUUCUCUUUACAUUACUAGCCAUGGCUAUCUCAGGUGUCGAAGUCCCUGUCGAGCCUCUCCGUACCAAGGAAGAUGUCGAGACUGUGGAAACGGCCUCAAAUAGCUCGCAGGAAGCCGGCGGCUUCGACAAGAAGGCCACCAAAAGGCUGAUCAGGAAGUUGGACUGGACUCUCCUACCAUUCCUGGCACUCCUGUAUCUUCUUUCUUUCCUUGAUCGUACGAACAUCGGCAAUGCUCGUCUUGCCGGCCUGGAAGAGGACCUUGGCAUGUCAGGCUUGGACUACAAUGUUGCACUUGCGGUCUUCUUCCCCUUCUACGUCGCCGCCGAAAUACCAUCCAACCUAAUGAUGAAACGGACACGUCCUUCGAUCUGGAUCCCAACCAUCAUGGUCGCCUGGGGGGUAUGCUGUACUCUUAUGGGUCUUGUCUCGAACUACGCUGGACUGCUCGCCGCUCGUGCUGCGCUGGGUAUCGCAGAGGGUGGACUGUUUCCGGGAGUGACGUUCUACAUCACAAUGUGGUACCGACGACAUGAGUGCGGUCUCAGAAUGGCAAUCUUUUUCUCCGCCGCCACAGCUGCUGGUGCCUUCGGUGGCCUCCUUGCUCGUGGUAUUAUUGAGAUGGACGGAAUCGGUGGCAAAUCAGGCUGGGCUUGGAUCUUCAUCCUCGAAGGCUUGAUGACCCUGGCCAUUGCCGGCGUUGCCUUCCUUGUCAUGAACGACUACCCAUCUACCGCCAAAUUCCUCACUCCUGCGGAGAGAGAGGAGGUCACUCGGCGUCUCGAGCAUGACCGAAGCUCCCUCGCCGAUGAAUAUCACAUGAAGUAUUUCUGGCAUGCGGUCAAGGACUGGAAGAUCUGGGUCCACAUGUUCAUCACCAUCGGCAUCUACACUCCGCUAUACUCGAUCUCGCUCUUCCUGCCCACCAUCGUCAAGACACUCGGAUAUACCAACGAGAAGGCCCAACUCAUGACCGUGCCGCCCUACAUCGUCGCCUGCUUCUGUUGUAUCACUGGGGGCUUCGCCGCAGACAGACUCAAGACCCGGGGCGUCUUCAUGAUCGGCUUCAACUGCGUCGCGCUGAUUGGGCUGGUCAUGCUCAUCGCCUCACAAAACCCCCACGUCAAGUACACCGGCUGCUUCUUCUUCGCGGCAGGAAUCUACCCAAACGUUCCCCAAGGUGUUGCAUGGAACGGCAACAACAUCGGCGGCUCAGUCAAACGUGGUGUCGGCAUAGCCAUGCACGUCGGGUUCGGUAACCUCGGCGGCGCCAUCUCCGGAUUCAUCUACCUGUCCAAGGACUCUCCUAAAUUCACCCAGGGCCACGCCAUCCUGAUCGGCAUGAUCACCAUGAGCACCUGCCUGAGCAUCUUCAUGACGGUGUAUCUGCGUCGCGAGAAUGCCCGCCGGGACCGCGAGUACAAGAACCCCGUCGACUACACGGCCCGGGACAAGGCCGCGGAGAGGGAGAAGGGCGACAAUGCGACAUUCUUCCGCUAUACAAUCUGAGGGUAUAUGGAUAUAUACCAUACUGGUAGACGAUUUGAGAGUAUGGACAUUUACCAUGGCUGGUAGGACGUCAUUUACGCGGACGUCUGACGAGGACGACCAUUGCAUGAAGGAACACGAAAGGAUGCUGGGAUAAUCUGUGUGUUGACCGAAAAGAGGCAUGAUACAUGAUCUUGAAUUUGACGAUGGCUCUUGAAUGGCUUGGAGUGUGAAUGUCUAUGGAAGACUCAAAGACAAAGAUUCAUAGAACGUUGUAACCUAGAGUGCGAGCCACGAUGGGGCCACGUAGGUAGGCACGUUGUGAG